CGCCGCCCGGCGCGGGGGCCAUGGCGUUCACCUUCGCCGCGUUCUGCUACAUGCUCACCCUGGUGCUGUGCGCCUCCCUCAUCUUCUUUGUCAUCUGGCACAUCAUAGCCUUUGACGAGCUGCGGACCGACUUCAAGAACCCCAUCGAUCAGGGGAACCCAGCGCGGGCACGUGAGCGUUUAAAAAACAUCGAACGCAUCUGCUGCCUCCUGAGGAAGCUGGUGGUCCCAGAAUACUCCAUCCACGGCCUCUUCUGUCUGAUGUUUCUGUGUGCAGCAGAGUGGGUGACCCUGGGCCUCAACAUCCCCCUCCUCUUCUACCACCUCUGGAGGUACUUCCAUCGUCCUGCGGAUGGCUCCGAGGUCAUGUAUGAUGCGGUCUCCAUCAUGAAUGCUGACAUCCUCAACUACUGCCAGAAGGAGUCCUGGUGCAAACUCGCCUUCUACCUGCUCUCCUUCUUCUAUUACCUGUACAGUAUGGUUUAUACGUUGGUGAGUUUCUAAGGGGGAAGCCGGCCAGGGAGCAAGCCCAGAAUGGACCGGACGCCUGUGCACCCCCAGCCCUGCCCCUCGGCCGCAGAGGCCUCAGCCCCGGGGAGGGAGGGGGCACUGGUGCCCCCAGCCUCCUCUCCACGCCCCCCCCCAAACUGCUGCUGCGGGGACCUCCCGCCUUCAGAGCCCCCUCCCCUUGGACUAGGGCUGGGCAGAGCUCUAAAUAGGGGCAGGGGCUCCCCUGCCAGCCUGUAGGCAUGGCAGUCAGUCUUGGAAGGGGUGGAACCUCCAGCCUUGUCCACUUCGGUGGGGCGGGGGGGACACGGGCCCUGCCAAGGGGCAGGGCUUGACCCUGGAAGUUCUAGGCCACCCCCCUCCACCCCCACCCUGAGGCUCCCCCUGCAGGUGGGGGGGUACCCACACCGGGAAUGAGCAGGCUCAGCAGGGGGGCAGCCCCACCCCUAGUCUGCCCUCUCCCCUCCCCCAGGCUCUCUCUCCAGAUCUCCCCCUUCCCCAUUCCCACUUGCCCCAACCCCAGCCUGUCCUGUCUCUUGGACCUAUUUUCUAUGUUGCCUGGAGGAGUCCGGCACCCCCUCCCCGGCCAUUUGUGACAAAAUAUGAAUAAACUACUGCAAACA